UCUAACGUUGCCAUCCUACGAAGAGGAGAAAAAAAAACUGCUUCCUUGAACUAUCGCUGCUCGCUCUUUUAAGACACUUUAAAGCCUUAAUUUUACCAAAAUGAAUCGUAUAUUUGGCAGAGGGAAACCUAAGGGUCCACCACCCAACUUGUCGGACUGUAUAGGAAGUGUUGAUUCUCGAGCAGAGUCCGUCGACAAGAAGAUCGCUCGUCUAGAUGUUGAACUGGCGAAGUACAAAGAUCAGAUGAAGAAGAUGAGAGACGGACCUUCGAAGAACAUGGUGAAGCAGAAGGCGAUGAGAGUUUUGAAGCAGAAGAGAAUGUACGAGAGUCAGAGAGAUAACCUCAUGCAGCAGUCGUUCAACAUGGAACAACAGAACUACACAAUCCAAACGCUCAAAGACACUAAAACUACAGUUGACGCCAUGAAAGUCGGCCUCAAAGACAUGAAGAAAGCCUACAAGCACGUGAAGAUUGAUCAGAUUGAGGAUAUUCAAGAUCAGCUCGAGGACAUGAUGGAAGACGCCAACGAGAUCCAGGAGGCGAUGGGGCGGAGCUACGGGACGCCCGACAUCGACGAGGACGACUUGGAAGCAGAGUUGGACGCUCUGGGAGACGAGCUCCUGCUGGAUGAGGACAGCUCCUACCUGGAUGAAGCCUCCUCCGCUCCCUCGAUCCCUCAGGGUCUGCCUGGAGAGUCCAGCAACAGGGACGGUGUUCUGGUGGACGAGUUCGGCCUUCCUCAGAUUCCCGCCACAUAAAAGGAGCGAUGGCGACACUGCUGCUGGUUUUAAAUGUAUCAUAGCCUCUCUCUCUCUUCUCCUCUUCCUCUUUUUAUAUCUACCAACUAACACUCCCAAGCCUUCGACCAAAGCAUCUCCUGUCCAGCCAAUGAUUAUGACUACAACUUCAAAUCAGGUUUCUUAAUUUUUCAAAAACCUUUUAAUAAUUCUUCUGUCAUAUAUAAAUGUAUUUGAGGUGGGGUCUUUUUUUUUUUUUUUGGCAAUCUGGGUUUCUCUUUAACUUUGUACAGUUUCUGCAUCGCUGCGUUGCUACGGACAACAUGAAUAAAUUAUAUU